GGCCGGUUCACUCGGAGACAGACCGGUUAACGGAAGGCCGGAGCCAGUACGGACGGCAAUUGCUUUCAGCUCCGGCGAGCAAUCACGCCCCAGCUGGAACGAUACGAGGAAGAAUUGGAAGGGAAGGACGCCAUGGGGACGACGAGGACGAACUUCUACAAGAAUCCUUCCUUCGCGUACAACCGAGACUUCAAUCUCUCCUCCGCUCUUCGAAACCUCAAAGCUUACAACAUUGCCACUGGCAAUGCGUCUCUCAACGAUGAAGAGCCUAGACCCGAGAACAAGCAGAACCCCCGCCGUAAACGCAGUUCCAGGAUUCCACCGCCGCGUGAACGGAGCACUCGGGUCGACGAAAGCAACGGGCCGAUGUCUCAUGAGGAUUACAUCGCCAAGAGAAGGAAAGAAGCUUGUCCCACUCCUGUUUGUGAGGAAUUGACUCCGGAUAUUCUGGGGGCGUCCAGCUCGAGGGUGAAUUUAGUUGGUUAUGCAAGUGAUGGAAGUGAUUCAGAGGGUGAAGAAAAGCAAGGACCCUCAUCUCCUGGUCAUAUCGGUGAAGGUGAUCGAAAUGGUCCUGAACAGGAUCGAGUUAAGAUUAGAGACGAGCAACGGUUCCCUGAUCCAGGAGAACCUGUUUGUGUCAUGUGUGGCAAAUAUGGCGAAUAUAUAUGCGAUGAGACAGAUGAUGAUAUCUGCAGCCUGGAUUGCAAAAGUAAGCUUUUAGAAACUCUCAACUUUAAGGAGACUCCCUCGAUGUAUCAUCAUCCUGCUAUUGCCCUGCCUGAACAUGAUUGUACUCCAAUGGUACUUGAAGAGGAAGAUACUUGGGACUAUGAACGUCAUUGUUGGUUGAGAAAGAAAUCUGAUCUUUGUACAUAUAACUGUUCCAAGUGCCAGAAACCCGGACACCUAGCUGAAGAUUGCUUGGUGGCAGCUGGGCAAAGUAAAUGCAGUUCCAUACCUCGAGAGCUUGUUGGACUCUAUAGAAGGUUUUGUACUUACGCAGAUGCCAGCAAAUUGGGAAAAACUCAAAAGGCGCAAGGUGCAAUGAGUGUCAAUCAUCGUCUGGUCUGGCAACAUGCCUUGACUGUAAUAUUACAAUAUGCGAUGGGUCAUUUGAAUGAGCACAUGAUGACACACCUCUCUCAUCGGCAGUAUUACUCUCAUAAACUCAAACGUCUGGUGAAGUGCAGUAAGUCAACGUGUAAUGUGACUGAUAUCUCAGAGCUUUUGGCCUGCCAUUGUUGUUUUGAUAAAGCCUUUGACAAGUUCUAUGAUAUGCUUACUGCAACUUGGAAAGCAGCUGGUCUUGCCAUCAUAUGGGGAUCUGUUUGCUGUGAAGAUCACUUCUUAUGGCAUCGAGUGAACUGUCCGAGUGCUGGCAUGGAGGAAAAUGCUUAUUUUGUUAGUAGAACUUCCCGAAAAGGAAAGCACAUUCAGCUCAGCGAGUUCAUUUUCUGAUGGCAUCUCGGGGGCAGAACUAGCACUCUGUUCGAUAAACCGGAUUGUCAGAAAGAUCCUCUUCAGAACCCAAAGGCUGCGAGCAAAUAGCUCUAGCAAUGAAAGUGGAAGAAACAAGUGGAGAAUUAUGCAAUUGUAUCGUGGAGAGGGCCUGAGUUUCUUUUACAAAGACAGAUUGUACGUCUGUGAUUAUUAGUACAAAAGUGAGGCCGAUAGCCGGGCCAUUUACAUUUCUUUUUAACAUGGUCAUGACUCCGAGGCCUUUCUUUUGUUGAAAAGUCGGAUUUGGUGCAACGUCGGAUUUGGUGCAACUUGUCCUGUGGGUGACCUUUGGAUACUGUACAUUUGUACAACAGAAGCAUGUAAUUAAAUCGGUCGAGUUUUGCUUUAUUA